CGAAGGCCAAGUGAGUUUCCACUUUCCACUCUGCAAUUGCAUAUAUUUGUCUCUUGUUGGCAGUGUAUGAGCGUUAUCCAGUGAGGCCAAAAGCCAAACCAUGUUGGGUUAUACACUCUUAACGCCCUCCAACCUCAACCCUUCGCACUUCCUCCCACCCAUCACCGUCGCACAGACUCUCCCACCAAGCACCCUCGCUAUCUCUUCCAAAUCCAAAUCCAAACUCGCCUUCUCCGCCAGGGCCACUGGUAACGGCCGUGACGCCACCUUCCCCCCUGGCAUUGAUGCAGCAACAAGUACAUCUUCUGACCUGGGUGAUGGUUAUGUGGCCUUGUUUGUUCGUAUGUUAGGCUUAGAUCGGGAUCCUUUGGAUAGAGAACAAGCUAUAAUGGCUCUCUGGAAAUAUUCGCUUGGUGGGAAGAAGUGUGUAGACACUUUAAUGCAGUUUCCUGGUUGUAUUAAUCUUGUUGUGAAUCUCCUCAGAUCAGAGUCUAGUUCAGCAUGUGAGGCAGCUGCAGGCCUUCUACGAUCACUAUCUUCAGUCAAUCUAUAUAGAAAUUCUGUAGCUGAUAGUGGAGCAAUAGAAGAGAUGAACAGAUUGAUGAGGCAAUCUUCCUUGGCUCCUGAGGUAAAGGAGCAGAGUUUGAGUACACUGUGGAAUUUAUCUGUUGAUGAGAAGCUCUGCAUUAAAAUUUCAAAUACUGAUAUUCUGCCGUUAGCUAUUAAGUACCUUGACGACGAGGAUAUAAAAGUGAAGGAGGCUGCAGGGGGCAUAUUGGCAAAUUUAGCAUUGAGCCGUGUUAACCACAACAUCAUGGUUGAAGCAGGUGUUAUACCAAAAUUGGCAAAGUUCUUAACAUCUAACUUGGAAGGAUCCAAAGUUAUUAGGAAGGAAGCAAGGAAUGCAUUGCUGGAACUUGUUAAGGACAACUAUUUUAGAAUUCUUGUUAUUGAGGAAGGUCUGGUUCCUGUGCCAUUAGUUGGUGCUGCAGCCUUUAAGUCAUUCACCCCAGGCUUACAUAUGUGGCCCACAUUACCUGAUGGUACAGAAAUUGAAAGGACUUCUAGACAGCCAUCCAGAUAUGGUGCUUCGGAAUUACUUGUUGGACUAAAUAUUGACGACAAGAAUGCUAACUUAGAUGAAGCAAAAGUCAACGCAAUUGUUGGACGAACACAACAGCAAUUCCUUGCCCGUGUUGGGGCUUUAGAAAUGGAAGAAAAGACUAUGCCUCAUUCUGAAUGCUCAAAUGAUCAGAGGUUUACACUUUUACCGUGGAUGGAUGGUGUUGCUCGUUUAGUACUGAUACUAGAACUGGACGAUAAGUCUGCAAUUAUAAAGGCUGCUGAGUCAAUUGCUAUUGCGUGUAUCAAUGAACAUCUACGUAUUGCAUUCAGGGAGGCUGGAGCAAUUAAGCAUUUAGUAAGGCUUUUGAGUUGUGAGGAUGAUGCAGUCCAGUUGGCGGCAACACAAGCUUUGGAAAGGCUGUCUGUUAGCAACAUUGUUUGCCGGGUAAUUGAAGCUGAGGGGGUUUUAGGUCCUUUAGUUAGUAUUUUGAAAAGCUCAGGGAUAGCUGGAACCAUUGUGGAAAAGUCUUUGAACAUACUUGCUCGGAUACUAGACCCCAGUAAAGAAAUGCAAUUGAAGUUUUAUGAUGGACCAGCUGAUGGAUCUGAAAAGGCAUUUGGUGGAGUAAAAAGUGAUAGGUUUUCAACCGGGGAUAGUAGCACCAAACAAGUGGUAUUAAAAUCAUACACAAGGAAUGAUAUACUGGAUUCUGUUUUCAUUGCACACCUUGUUGAGAUUCUGAAGUCCUCUCCUCCCAGUUUACAAGAAAAAGCUGCAUCUGUGCUUGAGUUUGUGGCAUUGACUGACCCAACUCUGGCCCUAAGUACACUUUCCGAUAUUGAAUCUGGUCUCAAUUCUGUUUUUCAGCAAAAAAUUUUGAAAAUUUCAGCGGACAUGGAAUCUGACGUGGAAGAUCAGUUUUCUGAAGCAUAUGCAAUUGAAUUUGAAGAAGCUGGUCUUGCAAUAUCUGCAGCAUCCCGGUUACUGACAAGGCUACUCGACUAUGAGCAGUUCCGCCACAAAAUAAAUUUCUCGCAUUUCAUUGAUUUGCUUCGUGGAAUCCUCAGGUCCAGCAUUCCCCUCCACAACAAAGAUUGGGUAGCUGCUUGUCUAGUUAAACUAAGUUCUUUCUCUGGCUCCAUCACAAGUCUCUAUCCCAUCAAUAUGGAAGUUACUCUUUAUGAGACAAUUCCAAGACUUCUAGAACAGAUCAAAACUUCAUUUUCCCCAGAGACACAGGAAACUGCUGUUGUAGAACUUAACAGAAUAAUAUCCGAAGGAGUGGUAGAUUCCACAGAAGCAAUUGUUUCUGAUGAGGCAGUAUAUUCAUUAGUGAAUCUGAUUGAAGAAGGUAGUGAUAGGGCUGUUGAAGCAAGCUUGGCAAUACUGUAUAAUCUGAGUAUGGACCCAGAGAACCAUUCAGCACUUGUGGCUGCUGGAGCAGUGCAGGUCUUGAAAAGAAUUGUUCUAUCAAACAGACCACACUGGGAACGGGCACUUCUUUUACUCAGGAUUUUGCAACCAUGAUGAGUUCAAGGGUGCAAAUCUUUAAACAUUUUUCAUAUUGUACAAUCUACUUAAAACGUGUAAAAGAAAAUCUUUACCCUUUCUUAUAGAUAAAACAUAUUUGAUUCUUUAGAAGUAUUUCGAGUUUUGCUA